AUGCCCACAGAUCCACCUCCCUUCGGCGAUGCAAUGGUGGUAGGCUGGGGCUCAAGGGUUCCCGACUUCGCCGCUCGAUUGCCGAUCUUUCCCCAGCGAGGUCGAUGUGGCCGGGUGAGUGAUGAGAAGGAUGCCCGUGGUUACCUUCAAGCUCUUGCUACACGAAUGACCGAAGAACUUGAGACCCUGAAGGUGUCUGGUGUUGUUGGUGGCGGAUCUUCAGUCCUAGCACCUCCAGAAAAGAACUGGCGCAAUCGUCGCUCUCAGAAAUUAGACAAGAUGGAACUUCUGAAUUUGCAGUCCUCCCUCAACUCAGAGAUACAAGCAAAGCAAGUGAUAUCUGAAGAGCUAAGCAAAGUUCGUGCAGAUCUGGUUGCAGCACAAAAGGAUGUACGUGAAUUUAAGCAACGGUAUGAAAAUAUCUCUCGGGAGAACAUGAGGAAAGAGAAGCAAGUACGGGAUCUUCAGAGCAGACUAGAAGCUGGUGAGGGCUCUGCCACGCAGGAACGCAAGACUCGAAAGUUUGUGUUGGAGCGUCCAGCAUCGCAGAUGUCUUUCCUGGAGCAGUUUUUGAAAGAAACAUCACUUCGGCGAGGUGGAUCACUGGAGUCUGAGGAAGGAGAUGUGGAGGACGAAGGAGCUCCUUCCGUCCCCUCCCUGACAUCAUCUCGAUCAUUUAUUAGCCAGGAGCAACUUGGUUCACCUCACAUGGAGUCUCGUCCUCUGCCACCUUUGCCUCAAACUGCCACCAAUGUUCCUCCUGGAGUAAUGCCUACAAUGGCUCAUCACCAACAUUCAUCUGUUGCCAUGGGAAUGUCAGGAGGCAGUAGUAGCAGUGGUGGUGGGCCUUCUCCUCAUAUGAUGAAACAAAAAGCUCACCAGUUCCUAGUCCGCUCUUUUAGUAACCCUAUAAAGUGCUCUCAUUGUACAUCCCUCAUGGUUGGCCUUACUCGUCAAGGGGUUGUGUGUGAGGUCUGCGGCUUUGCCUGCCACACUACUUGUAAGGAAAAAGUGCCGCAGAUUUGCCCUGUGCCUCCUGACCAGACCAAGAGACCAUUGGGUAUUGAUCCUACUCGAGGCAUUGGUACAGCAUAUGAAGGUUUUGUAAAAGUACCGAAGCCUGGAGGGGUCAAGAAGGGAUGGUCAAGACAGUUUGUUGUUGUGUGUGAUUUUAAGCUCUUCCUCUAUGAUAUUUCACCUGAGAGAAAUGCCUUACCAAGUGUAUGGGUAAGCACCGUCCUUGACAUGAGAGACGACCAGUUUGAAGUUUCAACAGUACGGGACUCUGAUGUGAUACAUGCCAACAAGAAAGACAUCCCUUGUAUAUUUAGAGUAAGUAUACCUUACUUCAGGGGUGGCCAACCUUUUGCAUUUCAUGCUCCGGAUUUUUCACGUUCUAGUUCAGAUGCUCCAUACGACACUUGUACCCCCAUUCGUUUCUUUAAAAGUAUGUUAAUAUGAAGAUAUUUAGCAUUUCUACAUAAAAUGUUUUAAUAUAAAGACAAGAUGAACAUUACUUAUUUUAAUGAGAAUUUUGAGUCUGCUUUGAUUUUGCCAAGCUUAUAGUGUUUGGAGUUAAAUUAGUUACUGAGAGCAGCAGAGAAUUCUUCAAACCUGAUUCAGCCAGUCAUGACCUGUGUUUUUAAUAAGUUUUUGGGAUGAAAUUGGUUGUUCGCAUCUCUGUGUUGUUCCAAAAUGACAGAUAUAACUCUGGGCAAGUUUUAUUAGUUCUGGAAAAUGUUUACUGGGUAAUGAUUGCCAAAAAUUAUGUCAGAAGCAUUUGGGACUGAGGGAGGCUCAUCAAAUUUUGAUUUCAAUAAUGAAUUUGUUUGGGAUGUUGCCUGUUUGGAGUGACAUCUGAACUCUCGUAUCUGGGUGCCUGUGCAAAGGCAGUGAUUAUGUGUGAAUGAUAGUGAAAAUGUUGAAUGAUGGUGAAAGUUUUUCCUUUUGGGUCACCCUGCCUUGGUGGGAAAUGGCCGGCGUGUUAAAAAAUAAAAAUGUUCCGUUUAUAUGUUACUAGGCAUUUUCAUGAUUUUUUGUUCGCUAAGUGAAACUGAGUUUAUAAAUGCAGUGGGCCCCUGGAUUAAGUAAUAAUCAGAUGAAACAUUAACAGCAUAACACUUACCUUUAUUGGUGAUUCUUCUUAGUGUAUGGAAGACUGGAGGAGGAGAGAGAUUGGAUUAGUUACUGUUUGGAAGGGGAAUCCCCUUCCAUCAACACCUCAGGUACCAAGUCCUUUUCUGGGGUUACAUACUUCUCUUUUCUGUUUCUUAAUGCCACUAGGACCAGCUUGAGAGUCACUGGCGUCCUGUCUCACAAAAAAAAGUGUCCAGAGAGUUCUGUUUCUGGCGUCUCUUUAAAACUUCCCUAAAAUGGGCCAAGACUCUUGUCACUGUACAAGUUGCCGAUAUGGCUUGCAACAUCCUUCUCAGGGUGAUGUUUCUCCAUAAAUGUUUCCAUCCUACUCCACAUUUCAAAAAUCUCCUUAAUUUCUGAAGAAGACACCUUCUUCCAUCUCUCUUCCUCCUCCUCUGCAGCAAGAUUCUGAGGUGCGAUCUGUUGCUGUUCCUGCUGAAGCUCUUGCAGCUCCUCAGUGGUUAGCUCUUCGUUGUGGUCCUCCACCAACUUUUCCACAUUCUCCAAACUCGCAUCCAACCCUAUGGAACUCCCCACAAUAGAUUUCACAACUGAUAUAGGCUCAUCAGGGUCAGCCACAAACCCUUCAAAAUCCCUCCUGUGGAGACAAUCUGGCCACAAUUUUCUCCAAGCAACAACAGCUUUCUUGAUUUCCUUUUUCUUUGCCACAAUGGAAGAUGUGGUUGUAUGGGGGUUUGUUAUACAUCCUGGCCAGCUCGGCCACACGCACGCCACUUUCAUAUUGUUCAAUGAUGCUUUUCUUAAAUUCAAUCAUAUUUCUCACCUUCUUUUCCAAAGGCUUGGCACUAGGAGCUUUCUUUGGAGCUAUGGUAGCUUAUUUAGUACUUGCAAGCACUAAAAUGAAUGGAAUAUUAUGAAAAACAGUGGCCCCUCACUUUUCGUAGUUCUCGGGAAUCAUAGAUUUUGGAAAUCAUAUGGAUAUAUUCGUAUAAACAUGGGCUCGCUAAUCAUAGGUUGACUUGCAAAUAGUAGUUCGUCCGGGACGCGUACGUAUGGUGUGAGCCGGGCAGCCUCCCUACCCAGCCAGUUUGGCAUUGUUUACCAGUGAGCGAAGGUCCCCUUACAUGCUCCUACGAAAUAUUUCAUAAUAUUCCACUUAUUUUAGUGCUUGCAAGUACUAAAUAAGCUACCAUGGCUCCAAAGAAAGCUCCUAGUGACAAGCCUGUGGUAAAGGUGAGAAAUAUGAUUGAAUUUAAGAAAAACAUCAUUGAACAAUAUGAAAGUGGCACAAGUGCGGCCGAACUGGCCAGGAUGUAUAAGAAACCCUACACAACCAUAUGUUCCAUAGUGGCCAAGAAAAAGGAAAUCAAGGACACUGCUGUUGCAAAGGGGGUAAUUAUACUGACAAAAAUGAGAUCACCAGUACUCGAAGAUGUUGAGAAGUUAUUAUUGGUGUGGAUAAAUGAGAAACAAUUAGCAGGAGAUACUCUUAUGACUUCGAUUAUUUGUGAAAAAGCUAGGCAGUUGCACAACGAUCUGGUAAAGAAAUUGCCUGCAAAUAGUGGUGAUGUGAGUGAAUUUAAGGCCAGCAAAGGUUGGUUUGAGAGAUUUAAGAACCGUACUGGCAUACACAUUGUGGUAAGCAUGGUGAGGCUGCCAGUUCAGACCACAA